AUGUCGAGAGUUCCAGACUGGGUUCUCGAUUUUAAGCUUGAGACUCACUUCCUGCCUGAUCCCAGAAACGAGACAGUGCAUACCUACUACGAGCAGGAAUCUCAUUCUCGGCGGCCAAUCAAAACAACAGAACAUUGGCAGCGAGAGAAGAAGAUUGGCGGUGGUGGAUUCGGAGAGGUAUGGCUGGAAAGAUGCACAAAAGGGAAGAAUCAUGGCCAUCAACUCCGCGCAACAAAGCAGAUGGAGGUGCGCCGACAGGUAGACUAUGCCCGUGAACUAGAGGCUAUUGCAAAGUUCUCGCAUUCAAGGUACGAGCGAUGUUUUGUAAAGUCUUUUGGGUGGUACCAGACCCAAACCAGUUUGUUUGUUGCGAUGGAGUAUCUUGAGCUAGGGGAUUUGCAAGAUUAUUUGCACAGCGCGAAGCAGCCACUACCAGAAUUUGAGGCACAGUGCAUAAUGUCCCAAAUCCUAGAGGGCCUUGAUUUGAUGCACGACAAUGGCUUUGCACAUCGUGACUUGAAACCUAGAAAUAUCCUUUUGAGAUCUUGUCCGCCGGAUGAUUGGUGGGUUAAAAUCGCGGACUUUGGGAUCAGCAAACGUAUCGAAGAUGACCUUGAAAAAUCAACAACUAUGAAAGGGACCCAAGGAUAUAUCGCUCCUGAAGUCUAUAGAUUCACUCAAAGCGGUACUUCUUAUGCCGUUGACAUCUGGGCAGCCGGGGAGGUUAUGUUCCAAAUUUUGACCAAGCAACCCACAUUCAAACAUCUUGGAUUCCUCUUCAACUAUGUCCAAACGCCCGACAUCUUUCCUUCCAACCAACUUUUGGCCUACCAUGUCAGUCAGGCUGGAAUUGAAUUCAUCUUAUGCCUUAUGGAUCCUACCCCGGCAGGCAGAAUGUCAGCCAGAGAUGCUUUACAGCACAGGUGGAUAAAUCAGUCAUUGCCCUAUGAUCCCAACUCAGGUACACUUGUGUAUCAAGAGGCACUUGCAUAUGAAGGGAUACAUACUACACCAGCAUUUGACUCAAUGACAGAGGAAUUCGCGUCAUGGAACACCAAGUUUUCGGAGAAAUCGGAAACUUCUGUCUCGAAGAGAACAGAGGGAUUGGGGACAUUGUCUCUCCAGAACCCCAGCAACGAAAAUGCAAAUUUUCAGCCAGUGCAUCACAAAAGCGCCACAGAUAUCAGAAUGAUGCUUCCUGGUGUGCUCAAGGGUCACUCUGAUUGGGUGACUUCAGUGGCAUUCUCUCCCGAUGGUGAAUUGGUAGUAUCUGGGUCUCAUGACCGGACUAUCAAAAUCUGGAAUACUAUGACGGGUGCUUUACACAAAACACUCGAGGGCCAUUCUACAGGCAUUGAAUUUGUGGCAUUCUCACCUGAUAGCAAAUUAGUAGCAUCUGGAUCUUCUGACCAGACUGUCAAACUCUGGUCUUCUAUCACGGGAUCUAUACACAAAACGCUUGAAGGCCAUUCUAGCUGGGUGACUUCUCUGGCAUUCCCACCUGGUGGUAAACUAGUGGCAUCUGGAUCUAAUGACGGGACUAUCAAAAUCUGGAAUACUCUGACGGGUGCUUUACACAAAACGCUCGAGUGUGAUUCUAGGCCCGUUAACUUUGUGGUAUUCUCACCUGAUGGCAAAUUGGUGGCAUCUGGAUCCGAUGAUCUGGCAAUCAGACGCUGGUCUUCUAUCAUGGUCUCUAUUCCCGGAACGCCUGAAGGCGAUUCUAGCUUUGUGGCUUCUCUGGCAUUCUCACCCGAUGGUAAACUGAUAGCAUCUGGAUCUGGUGGCUACAAAGUCAAUUACUGGAAUACUAUCAAAGGCGCUAAACAUAAUGCGGUUGUGAUACCUUAUCGUGACAUCCGCUCUGAUGCCUUCUCGUCCAAUGGGAAAUUAAUGGCAUCUGGAUCUCACAAUAAUAUCCAACUCUGGGAUACCACCACCGGCACUUUACACAAAAGCUUUCAGGGCGAGAUUUCCAACGUCUAUUGUCUGGCAUUCUCACCCGAUGGUAAAUUGCUCGCAUCUGGAUCUAAAGAUAACAUUGUUAGAGUCUGGGAUACUACCACUGGGGCUAUACGAACAGCAUUCAAGGGCCAUUCUAGCUGGGUCAUCUCUGUGGUAUUCUCACCCGAUAGUAAUUUUGUGGCAUCUGGAUCUGCCGAUGGAACAGUGAGGCUGUGGGAUGUUGUCAUUUAA